AUGAAUUCCACGGCUUACUGCGACUCCUCCACGAUCGCUAGGGUAGAAGUCUUCUAAAGAACACCUACAAGGAUAUCUUUGCCCAUUCCUCUUGUUAAUGUCGUUUCCGUUGAUUGUUUUACCAAAAUGGAGGUGGAGGAAAUAAUCACAAACAAAACCAUCAGUCGCGUGUUUCGGGAAGCCACCAAUGCAAGAGGAUGGAUCGAUGUUCGAGCCGAUCAGAUUCGACGAGAACUUAGACAGGUCAGUGCGUCGUUGAUAAGACAGCUGACAUAUUAUAAAUCAUUUGUUAGUACUCAAAAUAUCCUAACGGCCCAAACUCAUGCCGUAUAAAAGCCAAGGCGCAAUAGGUGACGCGGAACGUGUUCUUUGAGCGAACCCUUAUCGCGUCCCCUUGCAAGCGUUGAAAAUACGAGAAGCCGGUAAGUUUUGCGAAAAGAGAUAUAAGGAUAAAUUUCAAAUUUUGCUCAACAAAAUGAUUGAAAGAGACUUAGCUUUGUGCAUUUUAGAGUGUUUUAGUGUGCAUUCUUUUUCUAGCCUUUUUUGCAUGACAGUGACUGUUUUCUCGCCCUGGGGGAAAAAAGUUGUAUGCAAAAAAGCCUUAAUUAAAGGAUGAAUUUAAUACAACAAGUCACAAAAGGAUACACAAAAGAUGGGUUUUCCUAAUACUUGAACAAAAGCUGAAAUGUUUAGAAAGGAAACGACUGCUGCAUGUCAGCAGACUAAUAAACGAGCUAAUUCAGUCCCAACAUUGGUUUUUAGGGUGUAAGUAAACCUUUUAAUGAAGUUAUAAAACAUUUUGGAGACCCUCAAGCGUUUGGACAGCGACCAAUAUCCUCUCUGAGACAGGUAGGAUUGUUUCUUCGAAGCUUAAAAGAUCUCUGUUUUCUCCGCACAUUUAUAUUUUUAACCAUUUUCUAUAUUAAUAGCUGGCAUUAAAAAUUAUUAAAAUGUGCAGACGCUAUAAUGAUACGCACGGCCAAGGAGUAAGACUUGCGUAUCAAAAAAAUUUAUUGUGUCACAGGCUAUGUUUUUUAUUAUACGAAAGACCUUAUAAAAACUUUGUUUCCUCCUCGUUCAGGAACCUGAUGAUACAUGAGCAACUGACUUAUCGACGGAAAUGACAAUAAACCUUAUUCCUUUUCGUUUGCUCCAAAUGAAUUAUCAUCCCUAGUGGGUACCGACCACCUCUUAAGCCCCAUUUAUAUGUAGAAAAGUUGUCUCGGGAAAGAGGGUGACCCCCCCCCGAGGGGGGGAGGGAUCCCAUAUGAAAGGAGCGGGGAUACUUGUCGUCUUGCUUAGGGGUGUAAAUUUCGGAUUUUGGUCUCACUUAGGGUGUUCUGUACAAAACGUCAUUAUAUUUAGCUUUAAAGAAGUCCUUUAGGGUUGCCCGCAAAGAAAUACAAAAAAAAAUUAUAUAUUUACAAUUCGUUUUAUUUACGCGAUUCAUGUAAUCAAUAUUUAAAAUGGUCUCUAUUGGGAAAAAAACGGUUGGGCCAAGCAAAGAUUGGUCUCCUCCGAGGGGUUUAAUUCAAAAUUUCCGCCGAACAUCCCUGCCCCUUUCAUAUCAUAGUCUCCCCCCGGGAUCACCCUAUUUUGCAGCGAAGAGGUUCGUAUGAGAAAAAAUUAAAGUUUAUGCCUUUGUCCGAGCCAACAGAGCACUAGCAUGCUCGAUCUGAUUAUCGCGUCUUGUUCGAUUAGACCCGGCUUGGAGACCGAAAGUACUUAUAUAAAGAAACGUUGUCCCAACUAGUAGGGUGGCCCUACAUCAAUCGAAAAAAGGUCUCAUGUCAACGGUUCCGCCAAGUUUUGUAAAGAUUAAUGUAUGAAAAGUUGGCUCGCCCAGGUUAGCUCGGGUUGGCAAAUGAGCCGUCUACCCGAAAGAAGUUUUCUCGAUAUAAAUGGGGCCUAAAACUACGAAGUAACUACUACUAAGUUUAAUACAACUGUAUAUACUUAGCAAUAACUGGAUGACGGAGGCUGAGACUGUGUCUACACCUUAUUUGAUAGCUCAUUCCCAGGCACGCAAACCAUAUCGGAUAAAAGGCUUUUGUUCUACAUUGAGAACGCCGGGUGAUUUCGGGGCGGUUUCCGUAACAGAGCGGAGCUGCGUCGCGCCGAUCUUGAAAGUGGAUUGUCACAUAUCGGACAGUAGGAUUCUCUGCCACUUUUUUGGCCCAGUGUGAACAGGAGUUUAUACUAGCUUUACCGGAUAACUUUGCAUGUGAACAUGAAAAACUAUCGGGUAUCUGAUGAAGAAAAAGUCCAUUCAAAUAAUGCUUUAUUAUUCAUUGAAAGUAUCCUCAACUCCUGAUCAACCCCAAAACAUGCCUAUAUUUCAUUUAUUUAUUAAUUUUUUGAGGGAGUUGUUCGACUACUGGUAUCUUCUUCACAUAACAUUAAAUCUGCCCCCAUGCAACACCCAUUUUCUACGGCUUUGCUCCUCGUCCAAAAACAGCGGCUGAGCCACCGCGAAGCUUAUUUGCAUGACCACUGUGUAUCUCUUUUUCUGUCGAUAUCAAUACGACUGACGUCAAUCGUAUAGAUACCGACAAGCAUCUUCACAUUUCGUCAAUGCAAGCUGGUCAUGAAGAACUGCCAGGAGGAUUUCACGGACUGACAAAUAACUGCCGUUGUUUUUGGCUCAGGGCUACCCUUACAAGUGCCGCAAAAGAAAGUCAGUUUACGGUGCGACGAACACCCCGUGUGUUUCCGUUAAGGACUUAUAACAACGUUAGGUCCUAUUCAUGAAGUUCUUGUGUGAUUGAUUGACGUUUUUUUUUUGUAUUUUUCGUCAAGUUUCUGGCAUGUCUUCUAUGUCCAAGUUUCCUCGAAGAACAAAGCUACCCACAGGACAUAAAGGAAAAAGCCCGCAGGAUUCUCGAGGCAACCAGACAGUUUUCAAUAGGUGCUAUAGAUUUCAGUUAUAUUUUGUUCUGUUGCCACUUCAAUUAUUACUUUCCCGAUUAAAGGUUUCCUACCAACAUCCUUAGAGAUCCAGGGGUGGUUGUACUGUCGCAAUUUGUAAUAAUCAUCGCACUUUGUAAUACCUGUCGCAAUUUGUAAUAAAUCCAUCGCACUUUGUAAUACCUGUCGCAAUUUGUAAUAAACCGUGUCGCACUUUGUAAUAAAAAAGCUGUCGCAAUUUGUAAUAACAGUCCAUCGCACUUUGCAAUAAACUAAGCUGUCGCAAUUUGUAAUAAUUCCAUCGCACUUUGUAAUAAUUUUUUGAGAGUGAUUCAACUUACUUCGUCAACAUUAAUAUAAUGUCAAAAUAUGCUACUUCAUAAACAAAGAUGGUGACGUCUGCUAGCACGUAACAUCUCCGUAACAUUUUCUUUGGUCAAACAUGCAUGUCUACCGCUAUAAAUUUUUAUGCCUUGAUUAAUCACGUGACCAACUAGAAAAGCUUUUAUGAAAGACAUGAAACUUCCUGUGACACAUAACCAAAAAGAUAUGAAUCAUGUUUAAAAUCAAGAAUAUUUAAAUAACAAAAGCAACAUUUAACAACAGAAAAUUCAUGAAUAACCUGGCAUUCGUCGUCCAAAUCCAUGUUUGCUUGCCACGUGACACGUGAAGUCUUGGGGGGGGGGGGGAUAAUCCCAUAUAUGGAUGGGCUAGACAGAGCAUUGUCAGAGUACAGGAUCUCGACAGAGCUAGACACACUAGACACAAACGAACCAUUAUUAAAAAGCAUUUAAUUUCCGCAAAUCGUAACAUCCAUCCUACAUCAUUCGAAUAAGGACACCACGAGAGUUCAAGCUUUCCUUGUUAGAUCUUAUAACAGGUCGAUGCAACACGUUGUGCACCGUCCUUGUCUAACGCGCAAUCUUAAAGAAGUAAUAGUGGCUUCCAUAUUUUGGCCAACUUAAUCAAACGAGGCCUGGAAAGAUUCAAAAUUUUUACUGCAAAUAAAAAAAAAAUGUCACCAGUGGCAAACCGUCGAACCACAACAGAAACCUAAAAACAAAAUCCAAUUAGUCGCUGGCCAAUACCUUCUUAUGUACCUGUUUUUAUAACACUCACUUGGGGUCUUACACUGAGCCGGCUGGGCAUUUGGCCCAUUAUUCUCACUUGAUUUGGUCCCAUAUAGGAUCAAAAGGAGUACUCAUUCUAUCUUAAAACAAUUAUUUUCUAUACGGAGUCCUCUAAAGCAAAUACCAUGGGGCCGGGAUAGUAAAAAAUUAUACUUCCCUGCGUAUAUACAACUCUUUCGAGCGUGUUCUGGAUUACUGUUUUUCCACAAAAUGGAAAGGAUGGAAUAAACCAUCCAUUACUACUUGAGUUACCCUAUCUAAGGAUCAAACCAAAGACACAAGGCCAACAACGUAAAAAAUGAUACCCUAUUAAAGGCUCGAGAUCCUCAAAAACCAUACCCUAUCAGGCGGUACUUACCUAUCUAGAGGCACAUUCCCGUAUUGGCCAUAUAAGGAAGUACACCCGCCGGGUAACCACUGAAUGAAAACCACCUAGUACAAUAGCAAGGUUUAAGAGUACAGCAUUUCGUAAGUCAGAUAACUAAUCAACAUUAAUCUGAAAAAAAUGUUUAGGACUGUGAAUAAAGUUAAAUGUUUGAAUGAGCGGAGGUGUUACGUGCCAGCAGACGUCAUCAUCUUUGUUUAUGAAGUACCAUGCAUAUUUUGGCAUAUUAAUGUUGACGAAGUAUGUUCAAUUACUCUCAAAAAGUUAUUACAAAGUGCGAUGGAAUUAUUACAAAUUGCGACAGCUUAGUUUAUUACAAAGUGCGAUCGACGGUUGUUACAAAUUGCGACAGCUUUUUUAUUACAAAGUGCGACACGGUAUAUUACAAAUUGCGACAGGUAUUACAAAGUGCGAUGGAUUUAUUACAAAUUGCGACAGGUAUUACAAAGUGCGAUGAUUAUUACAAAUUGCGACAGUACAGUGGUCACUGGGUCUGGAGAAAAGGCGCGACAAAAACGUUUUCGAGCAUGGGCGAAAGAGCCCCUUGCUUGAAAAAUAUCUCGCGCCUUUUUCUUUCU